AUGGCAGACGAAAAAGUCCCUAAAUGGGACAAAGAUCGUAGCGUGUACUAUGGGUGGAAUUGUGAAUUGAAUAGAAUUCCAACGAGUCUCUAUACUAAAUACAAAGACGUCAAAGAACUCAUUCUGGAUGAUAAUGCGAUAACCGAUCUGGAUGACAAGAUAAAAGGGUGGACUUCUUUGGAGAAACUGUGGUUAAAUAACAACCACUUGACCACGCUACCAACUUCCAUCGGUUCGUUGCGAGAGUUACGUGAGUUGUAUAUUAGUGGCAAUAGGCUUGAAUCGCUGCCAGAUACAUUGGUGAACCUUCGUCACCUGCACACGUUUCACUGUGACGAAAUACCCGACAUGAUAUACAAGCAUGUGAGAAUUGACAACAAACGAGAUGAGAUUUUGUCGUUAUGGAAGGGAUUGUUCCCGGGAAAAACUGUUGAAAAAGAAACACGACCAAUCAUGCGUGUACAUGCACGUGAACGAAGGAGAACUCCAAAAGAUGAAGAUAAAACACCAGGCACGGGGUAUCCUACAUAUCAGAUGGUACACAGCCCGAAAGGUCAAGUUAUUAUCAUAAACAAUCACAAAUUUCAUGACAUUACACAAACUAGGCAUGGAACAGAAGUGGAUGAAGAAAAACUGAUUGACCUAUUCACAAGUCUGAACUUCGACGUGAGACCAUACAGAGAUUUGACUGCACAUCAGAUGUUCGCCACAAUUAGGGAUGUCGGUGCAGCCGAUCACAGCAAAGCAGACUGUAUCAUCGUGUGUAUUCUCACGCACGGAUCACGCGUUGGAGUACACGGUGUUGAUGACAAGCACGUCAAUGUAGAUAAACUUUCCGGUCUGCUGAAUGGACUCGCGUGCCCCAGUCUCAUCGGAAAGCCAAAAUUGUUCUUCAUUCAAGCCUGUAAAGGUACAGAUGAAAUGGCAGCUUCGCAGGAAGAGCGCGAUGGCCCCUCUCUUCAUGAUCCAAUCUCUAAACCCACUGAAGCCGAUUUCUGUUUGAGUUACUCAACCGUUCCUGGUUACGUAUCAUGGAGAAGUACAACUGAGGGAUCUUAUUAUAUAAAUAUCUUAGUAAAAAAUAUACUAGCAUACAGCGACCAAGAAGAAUUAUUAUCUAUCCUCACUAAUGUAAACAAGGAGGUUGGCGACAAACUUGGCACACAGUGUACUUACUUGGAAAGUACAUUGAGCAAGAAGUUUUAUUUCAACAAAUGA